AUGGCGCCCGAUGCGCCAAAGACUCCCUGGAAAGGGGUUGGGCCUGCGGACGCCUAUCUUCACCAGGCUCUCCUGGAUAUGUACUGGGAUGGAGUGAAGCGGGAGCUAGCGCAUAUCCUGAUGACGUUGAAAAGGUGGCAGCAACCUGAGUACACGGAAACAGUGCUUCCGGACGAGGAAGAUGACUUCAUUCAUGGCUAUGAUACGUUUCUGGACCAAGUCAGUGAGACUUCGUGGGAUUUUGCCCAUCGUCACAACGAAAAGUUGCACGACAAGAAGGAAGACCCGCCGCCUAGCUAUGAAGAAGCUUUACGUGACCGGGCCAGAGAUCUUCUGGCAGAUUACAAGAGCUCGUCUCUCAAAUCUGGUAUCAGAGCGGCCCUCACAGAAAGAAGACCCAUUUCUACCCUGAGACGGCGCGCUCGCAUGCUUUUGCAAGCAGGCGGAUUCCUGGAUAUCGACAAAGUCAUAGAAUAUCGAGAGCCGGAAGUAUUGUCGUCUUUCUGGAAGAGAGCUGCGGUCCCGCAACUGUGCUUUCGAGGCCUGGAUAUGGCUUGUAUGCCAGUAAUUGCCCCUCAGCUGUGUACCAGAUGCCACGCAGUCAUCUGCGGCUCCUCUUUCCGAAGCGACACAGCUCAUGGUAAUAUAGUCAUCUGCGAGAGCUGCUAUACGAGGCACCACUAUGCCCAACCACAGCUUCUGAAGUCGUACAAGCAGAGCGUCCUCUCGCAAAGCAUCACCCCCCAGAUCAGUCGGCAAAUAUGCCGCUGCAGCACAGUACAGCGAAUUGACGGCGAUGGCCGUUCUAGAGCUCUGUUUCCUGUAGAUAAAGGGGAUGCGCACCGCGGCGCCGAGCUGCCGCCUGCAUCACUUCACUGUGGCCUACUGGAUCUUGGGGAGUUGGUCGCCGAAGCAAGAUAUCAGGCUACACUCUCCAAGCUAGAGAAGCGGACCAAGUUGAGCGAGAUCAAGAGAGUUGAUGAAGCGCGAAAAGAGGAAAGAAUCCAGGAGCUCAAAAAGAAAUCCAGAAAGGCUAAAAAGUCAGGCAAGGCCCAAAUGGUGCAAGGGAGGUCUAGUCUGCUUGAUCCGAGUGUCAGGACAGCAGAAUUUGGGAAGUCGGCCGGUAUCACAGAUGGCGAAGACAGCGACAUUCCAUUCUUUUUACGUUCGACAGCGGAUAAAUACCCCUAUGGUAACGUCCAUAUGGCGCUGCGGAUUGGCCCUGUGUUGAUCGAAAACGGUGGCAAGUAUACUCACGGCGGCGCUCUCAUAACAAGCCGUGAUCCCCCCAAUCUACAGGUUCUACGAGACUCAGGCGAAGACAUCAAACACAGUUUACUGGUUGCUGGUAUCACCAACCGCACCCUUUAUUCUCAGCAGAGGGAACGGGAACCGAAGCGCUACAAGACGAUCAUGAAACAAGUGGUGGGAGGUGCCUUUUCCUGCUUCUUUAAGGAAAAGCUGGAAGAUGAAAUCAUUGAUGCUCUGAUCGAAGCGAGCCAUCAGAUUGUUGACCCUGGUUUGGGAGCAGCUGUGGCAGCAGCCAUCUUGGAGGAAUGCUUGCAAAUCCUCAUGGCAAAACUUAAGGAGUACCUAGGGCCACGGAUUUCUCUUUAUCUAGCAAGCUUAGCCAAGCGGCUCGUUGAUGUCGCCGUCCCCCUACGCUGGGACUUCCAUACCAACAACUGCCAAAACUUCUGCGACAACCUUCUCGACAAGGAACUUUUUCUCCCCCUAGUGGCGCCAACGGAUAUUUCUAUCUUUGACGAGGACAAGCAAGCCACUAUCUUGGGACCUCUUUACCUAAUCAGCUUUGUCUGCCGACCAGGCGCUUACAGCAAAGCGAUCCCCCGCUCCAAAUUUGACGUGCCCAACGGGCUUACGGAGGAGUACCUCCUGAAGUUCCGCUACGGGCGGCACGAUGAAUCCGACAUGCUCGACACGCUCAUGGAGUAUUGGUACGACUGGGGCGGCUUCGGUGGGCCUCUCUACCCGUACCAAGACGUCUUCCCGUGGGAUUGCACUGAGGCAUACGGCCGGUAUCCAACGCAGUGCGGGGACUGCAAUCUUGCAAAGCACGUCUUGGCCUUUCCCUUCGACUCGUGGUCUGUCAUCUCUCUGCAUCUGGCGCGGGGCCGGCAUCUCUACCCGCCGGAGCCGGGGCAAGCACAGCACCUUUCUGGCCUGCCGUGGAUGCGCAAUCGCCUGGUUGUGUUGCUGGCGCAGGAUAUUCUCCUCGCCGCGGCGGUCGCGAUGGCGAAGUCGAGAAGCUUCCGCGAAAGGACGGCAUGGUUGCACCGGCCUCGCCAUCCAGAUGCUGCUCCUCCUUCCCAGCAGCAGCCGCCGCCGCCGCCUCCAGCAGACCUCUCGCAGCCAAAUGGCAUAACAUUAGCUGUAUGCCUGCAAUAUCCUGCAUCGCGUGGCAGUGUCCAUAUAACGAGCUCGGAUCCCACCACGCAGCCCGCCAUUGACCCAGCAUACCUCAAACAUCCGGCGGAUGUCGCAGUUCUGGCCGCCGGGGGGCUUUGGGUGUGGGGGAAUGGCGCAUGGCUGUGCGGGAGGCUGUGCGAUUGCAUGUGGAGGCAAGUGUGGGAGUGGGUGUCGUGA